UUUAUAGUCCGGCUACACUAUCUUAAUAAUUAAAAUAAUACAUUGUGCUGGCUAAUGACCACAGGUUAUUUUGACUUCUAGACUGAAAUUUAUCAAAAGAAAAAUGAAAUUUUUGCCCUCAGGGACCUUUCACAAAGAUAGGAUUACGAAUUAACCGCAACCACGUGACCAGCGACAUUUUGCGUUAUCGAUAAGGGGACAACACUCCACUUGCAGCUCGAUAUGUGAUGUAGUAGUUAAGGUCCUUGAUAGUGACCAUUGCGGUGCGCUAGCAAACGCAUUGUGCGUUGAAAUAAUUUACCUAUCUUUCAUUUAUUUAUGGCUUUAUGAUCAAUUUUCAGGAAACUUGAAAGAAUUUUUGUUAAUCACCAGUCAACCAUGCGUUGGGAAACUGCAGAGGAAACAGAGAGUUCAGAUGAUAAUGGUUCUAGUGAGAAUGAAGAUGAGGUUGAUAAAGAUCUGGAGGCAUAUUUGUACAGUCUUGUGCAUCAUGAAAUAGACUUGCAAAGCUACAGCUUGGUAGCUUCCCAACUUCCUUUUGAAAGCACCGCUCAUAUUUGUUCAUCUCCUGGAAACUACGAAGUUUCUGUGAAAGUUGUCAGUGGAGACCAGCAGAAAAGUAAGAUCAACAACAGCAUCUGCGCUGAGUCCAGAGAUGUUGAAGGGGCAUCUGAAGGAAGUGGUGCACAUAUCGCACAUAAUUUCUCGACACAACAAAGUGCUGCUUCCUCAGGAAAACUAUUAUCUGAUGGGCUGAACAUUUUACCCAGUUGUAAAAAUCAAAGUACCACCAGUGAAAGCUCAUCAGGGAAGCAAGUGAUCAAGGCAAAUCUGUCACAAAAAGAUAGGCACUCAGAUAGAAGCAACAUUAGUAAUGUUUCAUCACGGAAGAAAAGCAAGCUUCAUGAAUACAUUUCAAGCUCAAAUUCAGAUUCUGAAGGUAAUCUUCAAAAGGGUAAACAGAAAGCUGCUAAGGUACAAUCUGGCGUUGGAGUCACAUUUGACGUGGAAACAGAAUUAGGCAUUAAAAACCCUCAUCAGGAAAAGAGGGAGACAAGAAUUACCAGUCACAAAACAGGAAGCAGAAACGCUCUGCCAUCCAUCAUCAAAAUCAGCAGUAGCAGCUCUGAUUCUGACAGCUGCACAAAGAUUCAGGAUCUUGCCCCUUGGUUACAAGUUCAGCAAGAAAGCAAAAUGGGCUGUCUAGAAUCAAAUAACAAGAAGCCCAGAACUGAAGUAGUGAUCAUUGAAUCAGAUAACAGUGAUUCAGAAAGCUUUGACUGUUGUAGCAGAACACCCAUCUGCUCAAAGAUGCCUAAGAAACACAACACACCAGCUUUGUCUGAGACAAGUAUCAUAUUGUUGUCUGAAUCCAGUGAGAGUGAUGAUUCCUCCACGUCAAGUUCUAGCAAAAGCAGUGUAUGUGAUACAAAACUCGAUUUUCAAUGGAACGUUGAUGCUGCUGAUCAUAAUUAUAUUCAGACAGUAGAAGAAGAGAACUGCAGGCAGAAAACAGAAAUACAAGUAGAUCAGUUGAAAUGGAAAAUUAAUGAGGCUGAUGAGUUUGGAAGGGGAAAGGCAUCACGCUACUAUUCCAAGUUCACAGUGCGAUGCCAGAACUGCAAUGAGAUUGGGCAUCUGUCUAAAGUAUGCCCCAAACCAAAGAAGCAGUCAGCCUGUGGUCUGUGUGGCCUGUCUGGUCACAGUAUGUUUCGAUGCCCGAACCGUUUGUGUUACAACUGUGACCAAUCUGGACAUGUCAGUCAGAAAUGCCCUAACUCACGUCGAGACCCAAAUAUGGUGUGCAGACGAUGCCAGAGAAAAGGGCACAUCAAGAGUGCUUGUCCAGAUCAGUGGCGGCAGCAUCACGUUGUAAGCCCAGAUCUUGCGUCUUUGUCCAGGACAAAAAACAAGAGGAACACGAGAGUAUACUGCUGUAAUUGUGCCAGUAAAGGACACUUUGCUUUUGAGUGCAGGGAGGAGCGAAUGGAUAGGUAUUCAUUUGCCCCUUAUCCAUUUGUAUCCAAGUAUGUCCUAGAUGAUGCAAGAUUUCAGAGAGACCAGAAGAAGAUUCAAAAGUUGGUUGACAAGCAGCAGAAUGUUCCUAGAGGAGGCAAGUCUGAAAAACACACCCCUAAAUUAUCAUCCUUAUAUGCUGACACAAAAAGCCCAAAGCAGACACAACCAUGCAGCUCUGGGAACCAUCCUCACCAAAGAAUGGGUGCUGGUCAUGGUGGUGGUUAUGACAGGCCAUCACAGGAAAGCUUGCAUUCGGAAAUGGGCAACAGGCCACAUAACUACCAAGGGCCAAAAACUAAAAGAAAGUGGACAGAGUCUUGCAGCACAGAGGCAUAUUACUAUAAUGAAAGCCCACCAGAGAAAAAGAAAACACCAGUGAAGAACAGAAGAACACAUGUUAGAACUUGGAGACAAGAAGAAAGAUCUACUGACAUUGGUGGCACUGUUGUUACAGGUAACAAACAGUGGGAGAGUGGUCACACUCUUGUGAAAAGCAAACAGUGGGAAAAGUUUCCUCAGGCAAAAGAGCGAGAAGCUGGGAAACUUGUUGCUAAAAAUUCCAAGAAGCAGAUUGAAAGAUGCAGUUCCCAACAGCAAGAGAGGGAAGUCAUUAAGUCAUCCAAUGGUUUCAGAAUUAGUUUUGCCAACAGAAAUUUAAAUCGUAAAUAUUACAACCAGAUCCAGUAGUACAAGUCUCAUAAAGCAGUGCAUUAUAUGUAGUGUUGAGAUCUUCAUAUAAAUACAGGCGGUAAAGUUGUUUUUGGUGUAUCCAGUGGUAAUAAAAGGUCUGCAUAUGU